AUGGAUAUCAAGUUCAUACAUGUACUACUGGCAAUGCUGCUGGUGUUUGCAUUGUCAAGAUAUACUUUGAUCGUCACAUUGCCACCACAUCGACUUAAACUUCAAGAACAACAACAACAACAACAACAAACGAAUAUACAGACAUUGGUCGAUGCGCACAAGGUCAUAGAACAUACAGAGAGAUUGAUAGAGAUUGGCAACUCGAGAUUCGUUUAUGAGGAGAGCAGGAGUCUGGCACGCGAAUAUAUAAAGACUAGACUCAUGGAGUUUGGUCUGCCCGAGGACAAUAUCAUUUGGAAUCGAUUCGAAUGGGUGGAGCGAUACGCAGUCGGCAAGAACAUUACAACCACGACCUGGACAGGCAUUAACAUUGUAGUGUGGACAAACACUACGGCCCUGCCCGCCGCCCGUCCCAUCCGUGUGAUUGGCGCACACUAUGACACACUGCACUGGGGCAUCAACCGCACGUCUGGCGCACACGAUAACUUGGCCGCCACCGGCCUGCUCAUCGAGACGAUUGGCAUAUUCUUCCAGACGCAGCAGGCGCUGCCCCUCGAGGAGCAGGCGCCAUAUAUGUUCCUCUUUUUCGACCAGGAGGAGCCGGGCGCGCUGGGCUCCAAGUCAUUCGUCGACCACCUGCGCAUCAGCAAGAACCCACAACAGUAUGCGUACUUUGUCGACAUUGAUGCGAUCGGACAUCGGCUGGCACCAGGUCCAAUCUUGCAGACCUACCCCUACGAGCACCAGCACAAGACCCACUUCUCACCACGCUGGCUGGUCGAUCAUACACUGGCUUCAGCCUACCGUGUACGCCCCGAUGGCAUCUCGGUGGGCAAUGCUCAUCUUGGACUGUCCUUGCUAUACCAAGCGCACCGCUACCAUCUCCUGUCCAUCCCAUUCCUCAGUGAUGACGGUCCGUUUGCAUGGGCCGGCGUCCCAACCAUCCUGCUCACCGACCUGGACAUAUUCUACGGCCACAAUCCAGACAUUCAUUCUAUAACCGACCAGCCGUCGAAUCUGGACCCCGAAUCAUUGGCCGACACGUCAAAGAUCCUUAUGGAGUUCCUGCAAUCGACCAACACUGAUGCGGCCCUGCCCCCAUCAUCGACCAAGUCCACCGACAUGCAGAAUCCACUCAAGCGCUUCACACUUGGACUGAUCGCCAGUCUGUUCGAGACCAUCUUCUCUGGCCACCUUCAGUAUCUUGCCAUUGGCCCAGUAUCCAUCGGUUACUUUGAGUUACUGUCCUUAAUUUACAUUAUGAUUGCCUUCAUAUAUUUCAACUCAUUCCAAGCAUAUAGAUCUGUAGUGUUACAGGCAGAGCGACUGCCUAGCCACAGACCAAGGUUGGACAAUAUAUCAAAGAAGCGAUUCACAGAGUAUGGUGGUGGUGUGGCUGACUCUGACGACAAGGAGACGUUACAAUCUCCAUCAUCAACGAUUUACAAGAGACAUAGCAAUAACACCAACGAUCAGAGCGCUGUCACAGGUGGAAACAGCGGCAACAGCACGCCAGAGCACAGGACAGAGUCACACGAGCCAAUCACUGGCAAUAAUGUACACAGCGGUGUUAAUAAUCACCAUCGACAUCAGAUAUCAAGCGAACACUUCAGCGGCAACAAGAAUGACCUGGAUUUGGCAUCGUUCAGAGGAUAUCGAGUCCUGUUCUUCCACCUCUUUGCGCUGUCAUUCAUCGCCCUCAUCGACACAGUCUAUGUCUUUGAACUGCUCUGUCUUUCGUUCGUCUCCCUGACGACCAUCCACCUCCAUCGCUUCAAUAUCAACCUGUUGACUGGAUUCAUCUCUGGCGUAUUCUGUGCCAACUUCAUUUACAAGGACAUUACUCAGAUACUUAGAUUAGGAAGGCGUGGCGCGGGCUAUCUCGAGCUUAGACUGGCGCUGCUGAUGGCAGCUUACAUUGUACACACGAUACUGGUCGUCAUCUAUGGUUAUGACUUUGACAGGAAGAAGCUGAAGCUUAAAGAAUAUAUCGCAUUUGGAAAACAACAACAACUACAACAACAACUACAACAACAGAAUCAACUAAAGAGCGCCGAGAAGACAACUUAA